AGAACCCCGGGAUUAGAGUGUAGUCCACGCUACUUCUCUCGACGCAUGCGCGCUCCGCUUACAGUUCUGCCCAUGUCGAGUUGCCCCUUUAUCAACUGCACGCACCCGCAUCAUGCACAGUCGGGCCUUCCUUGCGCUUGCGCAGAAGGGGUCCUGGUCGCCACUGCGUCCCUAUCCUCGGCCAGGUUCUCCCUGGCGCCUUGAAGCGUACUGACGUAGAGCGCGUGCACCGCCCCGGUCGUUGGAGGGGAAAAGAUGGCGGGCAGGCGCGGUGGGGGCUCGUGAGGCAGCGGCUUCCGGGCCAGGGGGAGUGUGGAGAGCGGCGCGGCAGCGGGGUCCGGUGGCGGGGGUAAGAAAACAGUCGGACGAUUAACAGAGGAGGAAUACCUUUGGUGGUCCAUUCCAGGAGUUCCCAGCCAGGUCUCAGGUCUUUAGCUGUCACCUGUCUCUGGGCAGAGACCCUUGUUCCGUUCCCUUGUGACUGGGGAUUUAAGGCUGUACAGCUCAAUACCUAACAUUCUAAUACCCGAGCAAGCCAGUCUGCCUAAAGUGUUUUAGAAACAAGAUCGCCAUGGCCACAGAAAUUGGCUCCCCACCCCGGUUUUUCCAUAUGCCGAGGUUCCAGCACCAGGCACCUCGGCAGCUGUUCUACAAGAGACCUGAUUUUGCACAGCAGCAGGCAAUGCAGCAGCUCACUUUUGAUGGGAAACGGAUGAGAAAAGCUGUGAACCGGAAAACCAUAGACUACAAUCCCUCUGUAAUUAAAUAUUUGGAGAAUAGAGUAUGGCAGAGAGACCAGCGAGAUAUGCGGGCAAUUCAGCCUGAUGCGGGAUAUUAUAAUGAUCUGGUCCCUCCUAUAGGAAUGCUGAAUAAUCCUAUGAAUGCUGUAACAACAAAAUUUGUUAGGACAUCUACCAAUAAAGUAAAAUGCCCAGUGUUUGUUGUCAGGUGGACUCCUGAAGGGAGGCGCUUGGUCACUGGGGCUUCUAGUGGAGAGUUCACCUUGUGGAAUGGAUUGACUUUCAAUUUUGAAACAAUAUUACAGGCUCACGACAGCCCUGUAAGGGCCAUGACAUGGUCUCACAAUGAUAUGUGGAUGCUGACAGCAGACCACGGGGGAUAUGUGAAAUACUGGCAGUCCAACAUGAACAACGUCAAGAUGUUCCAGGCACAUAAGGAGGCGAUUAGAGAGGCCAGUUUCUCACCCACGGAUAAUAAAUUUGCUACAUGCUCUGACGACGGCACUGUUAGAAUCUGGGACUUUCUACGUUGCCAUGAGGAGAGAAUUCUUCGAGGGCAUGGGGCAGAUGUGAAAUGUGUUGACUGGCAUCCAACAAAGGGAUUGGUUGUAUCAGGAAGCAAAGACAGCCAACAGCCUAUCAAGUUUUGGGAUCCAAAAACUGGCCAGAGCCUUGCCACACUACACGCUCAUAAAAACACAGUGAUGGAGGUAAAGUUGAACCUGAAUGGGAAUUGGUUGCUUACAGCAUCUCGUGACCACCUCUGCAAGCUCUUUGACAUCCGAAACCUGAAAGAAGAGCUCCAAGUCUUCAGGGGCCACAAGAAAGAGGCCACAGCUGUGGCCUGGCACCCUGUUCAUGAAGGGCUUUUUGCCAGUGGAGGUUCCGAUGGCUCUUUGUUGUUCUGGCAUGUUGGGGUGGAGAAGGAAGUUGGCGGAAUGGAAAUGGCCCAUGAGGGGAUGAUCUGGAGUCUGGCUUGGCAUCCUCUUGGACACAUUCUCUGCUCAGGCUCAAAUGACCAUACCAGCAAAUUCUGGACUCGAAAUCGACCUGGAGAUAAAAUGAGAGAUCGUUACAACCUGAACCUGUUGCCAGGAAUGUCAGAGGAUGGUGUGGAAUAUGCUCCAGGAGAUGACCUUGAACCCAACAGCCUUGCAGUGAUUCCUGGGAUGGGAAUACCUGAGCAACUGAAGCUAGCCAUGGAACAAGAGCAGAUGGGGAAAGAUGAGUCAAAUGAAAUUGAGAUGACAAUCCCAGGGCUGGACUGGGGAAUGGAGGAGGUGAUGCAAAAGGACCAAAAGAAAGUGCCACAGAAAAAAGUACCCUAUGCGAAACCAAUCCCAGCACAGUUUCAACAGGCUUGGAUGCAGAAUAAGGUCCCUAUCCCUGCUCCACCUGAGCUGAUGAAUGACAGAAAGGAGGAUAUUAAACUGGAGGAAAAAAAGAAAACACAGGCAGAGAUCGAGCAGGAAAUGGCAGCACUUCAGUACACCAACCCACAGCUCUUGGAGCAACUGAAGAUUGAGAGACUUGCACAAAAGCAAGCUGAGCAAGUCCAGCAGCAGGCACCACCUCCAGGAGGCCCUCUGCAUGGACCCCAGCCUUUCCCAGGACAAGGCCCAAUGUCGCAGAUGCCUCAAGGAUUUCAGCAGCCCAUUCCACCUCAGCAGAUGCCAAUGAAUAUGCCUCAAAUGGGACCCCCUGGUCCACAGGGACAGUUUAGACCUGGAGGACCCCAGGGACAAAUGGGACCCCAAGGUCCUCCAUUACAUCAAGGAUCUGGAGGUCCGCAAGGCUUCAUGGGACCACAAGGACCUGCAGGUCCCCAGGGACCUCCACAAGGACUUCAAAGGCCUCAGGAUCUACAUGGGCAUCAAGGAAUGCAGAGACAUCCUGGACCUCAUGGGCCCAUGGGGCCUCAGGGGCCACCAGGUCCGCAGGGUAAUUCUGGCCCCCAAGGUCACUUAGGACCACAAGGUCCACCUGGGUCUCAAACUCAUUUAGGGCCACAAGGUCACUUAGGUCCUCAAGGUCCCCCUGGUGGUCAAGGAAUGCAGGGGCCACCUGGUCCAAGAGGAAUGCAAGGGCCUCCUCUUCCUCAUGGAAUGCAAGGAGGUCCAGGAUCUCAAGGGAUGCAGGGCCCUAUAUCUCAAGGGCCUUUGAUGGGACUUAAUCCAAGAGGGAUGCAGGGUCCACCAGGGCCCCGUGAUAAUCAGGGACCUGCUCCACAAGGGAUGAUGAUGGGUCAUCCGCAAGAAAUGAGAGGACCUCACAUGCAGGGUGGUUUACUUGGACAUGGUCCCCAGGAGAUGAGGGGCCUACAGGGACCCCCACCUCAAGGUUCAAUGUUAGGACCUCCACAGGAAUUACGUGGGCCACCAGGUGCACAAGGCCAGCAGGGGCCUCCAAAGAACUCUUUAGUUGGGCCUCAAGGAAGUUUGCAAGGACCAUCGGGACCUCCGGGACAGCAGAAUCCUUCAAGGGGAUCACAUCCUCCCCAGGGUCCUCUGCCUUUCCAGCAGCAGAAAACCCCUCUGCUUGGUGAUGGGCCUCGUGUCCCAUUCAAUCAGGAAGGACAGAACCCAGGUCCCCCACCAUUGAUACCAGGACUGGGGCAGCAGGGAGGACAAGGCCGUCUCGCCCCUCACAACCAAGGACCUGGCCCUAAUAAAGGUGACAACCGUGGCCCACCAAACCAUCACAUGGGCCCUCUCUCAGAAAGAAGGCAUGACCAAAACAGUGGUGGUCCAGAUCAUGGUCCUGAGAGAGGGCCAUUCCGAGGUGGCCAGGAGUGGGGUGAUGGUAGGGACAACAGGGGCCUGCCUGAUAGACGAGGACCUCACCCAGAUUUUCAUGAUGACUUUGAUCGACCAGAUGAUUUUCAUCCAGAUAAGCGAUUUGGCCACCGGUUGCGUGAAUUUGAGGGGCGAGGAGGCCCACUGUUACAAGACGAGAAAUGGAGACGAGGUGGCCCAGGGCCUCCCUUUCCCCCUGAUCACAGGGACUUUGAAGGAGGGGGCCCAAAUCGUGGGCCUCCUGGGCCUUGGGAAGGACGGAGACCCUCUGAUGAGAGAUAUCCGCGAGAACCUGACGAUGCAAGAUUCCGGGGAAGACGAGAUGAAAGUUUCAGAAGAGGAGCACCCUCAAGACAUGAGGGGCGGGGACCCAGGGGAAGGGAUAGUUUUCCUGGGCCAGAAGACUUUGGGCCUGAAGACAAUUUUAACUCAUCAGAUGAGAACUCAAGAGGAAGAGACCAUGGUGGUCGGGGGCGAGGUCGAGGUACUCUGAGAGGAGGCCGAAAGGGUCUACUUCCCACUCCAGAUGAGUUUCCCCGAUUUGAAGGAGGAAGGAAACCAGAAUCCUGGGAUGGAAACAGAGAACCAGGUUCCCGUCAGGAUCACCCUCCUCAUGAUGGACAGUCUCCUGCCAGCCGAGAGCGUUCUUCCUCACUUCAGGGUAUGGACAUGGCCUCACUGCCACCACGCAAACGUCCCUGGCAUGAUGGACCAGGUACAUCUGAUCACAGAGAAAUGGAAGCUCCAGGUGCACCUCCAGAGGAGAGAGGCAAAGGACGAGGAAGCUCAGGACCUUCACAGAGAGUGCCAAAGUCUGGGAGGUCUAGCUCUUUGGAGGGAGACCAUCAUGAUGGAUUCCACAGAGAUGAAGGUUUUGGAGGUCCUGCAGGAGGCAAUAACCCUUCCAGAGGAGGGAGGAGUGGAAGUAAUUGGGGAAGAGGCAGUAACAUGAACUCUGGCCAGUCAAGGCGAGGAGCAUCCAGGGGUGGUGGAAGGGGCCGAUAGAAGAGGCUAUGACUAGAUGAUGCCCACUCCUUAUUGGACAGUAUUUAAAUAGACACCUAUUGUGGACUCAAGAAAGUACUCCUGCAACUCCACAAAUCUGGACUCUUAACUGGGAUAACUGAAUGUGCAUUAGUUCCUAACAAGGAUCUUCUCCUAGGAUCAAGCAACUGCUGCUAGCAGCAACAUGGUAGCUGGCUUUCUAUUUCAUCCGUUCAACCUCUUUCUCCUCACCUUUUACCUGCAUUGUUUUGUAAAGAUAAAAGCUGGAAUUUUUUUUAGUGUUGUGAGACAUGGAGCACCUCCGCAGAUUUCAGUUCACAUCCAGAUGGAAACUUGUUUCUAUAUGUACAGUUUGUCAGAAAAAAGUUGUUUUUGUAUGAAUACAGAAUGUAAUUUGUGCAAAAAUUAACAAAAAAAAUCAG